GAUACAAUUUUACGAUAAUGAUUCUGUAAUAUUGUCCUCACUUGGUCUUUCGUAACGUGAUGUGGCUGGGCGUUCAAAAUCCUUUGCGAUACCGCUGUAUAAAACCUAGUGGAUUUUCUUACCGGCCCUUCCAUAAUAUCAAUAAUAAAGUCAGAAGGACUUCACCUAUUAUUGGUUAUCGGAGAUUUUUCAGCUCAUUGUCUAGUUCAUCCGUACCUCUUGGUGAUUCGAAUAGUCAGCACUCUCGUCAAACAAAAAAGAAAGUUGAUUUUAGCUGUGAAAAUAUUGAUGCACGUAUUGAGAAAGGUAGUUUAAUUCAGGCUAAAUUAUAUGAAAUAUCACGAGAAAAUUUUCAUGUGAUAAAUCCAUACGAUGGUAAACGUAUUCAAAUUUCUCAUGAAAACUGUAACAAUGCACGUAAUGGAGAUAUUGUUUUGGUUGAAUUAUUGCCUAUUGGAAAAUGGAAAUUAACUGGUAUUGAAAAUUUAGAAUCUCCAGAAAAGGAUAUUUCAGAUAGUGAGAUGGUUAUUUCAGAUGUAAUUCAGUCUACGGAUGAAAGUUCUGUAUUGGAUUCGGCUGUUGGUUCUACUUCACUUGAAGCAGUUGUUGCUAGUGAAUCACCAAUAUUGGCAGACCAAACACCAUCUACAUCCAUAGAAUUUAAAAAAUCUUGGUUCUACUCUAUCAGUUAUGUGAUAGAAAACUCUCAAAAUAUUAGCGAUACUAAAUUAUUGGACGCAAUUAAGAAUUUAGAUCUGUCUUGUAUACCAAGUGCAUUGUGUUCUUUGCCAAAUCCUAAUUUAGUUCGUACAGGUGUAGUUAGAAAAAUUUUGAAAUCAAAUCCAGCUAAUCAGAAAAUUUUGGGUUGUCUUGCUUUUUAUCCAAGUAUUUUAAAUCGUAGUUCUGAAUUUUCACAAAAGCAUGGAGAUUACUCGUGUGUUCUUCUCCCUUCUUCCAGUAAUCAUCCACUAGUUCACAUAGAUCCAUCUACUGUCCCUUCGGAUGCACUAAAAGAUCAUCAACUUGGAUUAAAAAGUAGUUAUGUGUGUCGAAUUACAAAAUGGUUCGAAAACUCAAAAUAUCCUCUUGGGGUAAUUGAACAAAAUUUCGGAAAUUUGAAUGAACUGGAAAAGGCAACUGUAAAUAUUCUUUUAGAACAUGGAAUCACUGACGAUCAAUUCACACCAGAGGAAUUACAAGGUCUGCCGACUAGCCCACAAGAGUUUCAAAUACCCGAAGCAGAAUAUAAAAGAAGGAAAGAUUUCCGUUCUCAUUGUAUUGUCACCAUUGAUCCAAAAGAUGCGAAAGAUUUCGAUGAUGCAUUACAUAUCACUCGAUUGAAAAAUGGCUUAUACGAAGUUGGGAUCCACAUUGCAGAUGUAUCAUACUUUGUUUACCCUAAUAGUCCAUUAGAUAAGAGAGCUGCAGAUAGGACUACUUCCGUUUAUCUGGUUCAGAAAGUCAUACCAAUGUUACCACCUAUCCUCUCACAACAUUUAUGUAGUCUUGUACCUAAUGAAGAUCGAUUGGCUUUUUCAAUUUUAUUAACAGUAAAAGAGAAUGGUGAGAUUAUCAAUGAAUGGUUCGGUCGAAGUGUAAUUCGCUCACGUUGCCGCUUGACAUAUGACGAAGCCUGGAGCAUAAUCCAAACGACACAGUCAAAUCCAACCAUCGAAGAUAAAUCACGUUUAUUAGAAUUUUUGCCUAAGCCUGAAGCUCCUUUCACGUUUGAAGAUCUUCAAAAUUGUCUAUCUUCUCUUCAUCUGAUAGCAACAAAUCUACGUAGUCAUCGAAUUGAAAAUGGCGCUAUAUCUUUCGACAAAUUAGAACUGAAUUUUAGUUUUCCAAAACCACUACCUGUAAUGGAGAAACGCACAAAUGAAUGUUCAACUACACUUUGGCCUCAGGGUUUCUCUGUGAAAGUACGUAAUCCUGCUCAUCAUUUAAUUGAAGAAUGGAUGAUUGUUGCUAAUCAAUCUGUUGCUCGAUUUUUAUUCGGAAACUUUAUUAAACGCCUUAAAGGUGUGCAACCUUUUGAAAUUACUGUUGAUACGGGCAAUAAUAAUCAGAAAUGGUUAGGUGCAACGCUACGAAAUCAUUCGAAACCGGAUAGAAAUAGAUUUAGUCAAUUGGUAAAAAUAGCAAAAUCAAACAACAUUGACUUCGAUUCCUCAAGUUCUCUUUCACUUUCCUGUUCUGUCAAAAACUUGGCUCACAGUAUAGCUGAAAAAAACUCCUAUAACGAAUCGUUUCUCUUAAAUUUGAUGUCUUCUUUGUCAUAUAUGACCUAUAUCCGCCUAUCUGUCGCUCUAUACUUUAAUUUGGAUAGUAUGUAUAACAUACUUAGCAACGUUAUGACGAAGAAAAAUUGUUAGAAAAUAUCUCAUACGAUGAUGAUUUUUUACGACUGCUGUCUUUUGAUCCUAAAUCGAUAUUAAAACGAAAUAAUAGAACUAUGCUAAAUUAUACAUGGCACUAUGGUCUCAGCAUACCAUUGUACACACAUUUCACAUCACCCAUUAGACGAUACGCUGAUUUACUUGCUCAUCGUCAGAUGGCAAGAAUAUUGGAAUGUGAUAAUUCUGUUUAUCCAGAAUUGCAAGUAACUUUUCAAAGCAAUAAUUCAAUACAAAAAGAUAUUAAGAAUUCUGAUGUAGAUUUACUGGUUGCUUGGUGUAAUGAUCGUCGACUAAAGGCUAAACGAGCUGGAGAAGCAAGCCAACGUUUGUUUUUUACAGCUUGUCUUAGAGAUUAUGGCCCGUUUUAUGAAAAUGGUACUGUGAUGGAUUUGUCCGCCAAUAAAAUCAGAAUUUUGAUCGCAUCUUAUGGCUUAACCAUCGAAACAGAAAUCAAAGAGUUUUUGAAAAAUGUCUUCAAGUGGCAACACAAUGCAACGGUCAAGGAAGAUGAUCCAGAUAAAGGACUAUCGAACAACGAUUUAAUUCCAGGAAAAACCAAUACAAUAACUUUUACAUGGGAUAAUACAGAGGAUCAAACUGUACAGAAUUCAAAACAAUCAGAAAUAUCCAUACUUUCGGUUCUACCUUGUCGUGUAUUUUGUCUUCAAAACACACUUAUCCCACUUGUUGAGUUGGUGACUUCGAAUCAUAUCUCUAACCAGAAUGUGUAGUAAAUGAUAUUGUUAUAUUACAAGAACAACUAUGUACAGUGUAUAUUAUUGCUGAGAAAUCAAAAGUCUUUUUUAUUGUGUAUUUGUUU